AUGGAGGCAGAUCAGUCAUCCAAGCCGUCGACCGUGGUGCCUUCGAUGGCACCAUCAUUCUCAAUAUGUCGGGAAGCACUGUUUAUAACGGUAGUUUGCAUGGCACAAUUCAUGACGCAGACCAAUGUUGGCGUCUGUCUGUCAAACCUUGAUAUUCUCGGCGAGAGUUUUGGAGUCACCGACUCGGGUAUCCUGAGCUGGUUCUUGGCUGGCUACUCGCUGACCGUGGGCACCUUCAUCUUGAUCUUUGGCCGAUGUGGUGAUCUCUUUGGAUAUCGGCGGAUCUUCCUCGCUGGAUUUCUUUGGAUCGCGCUCUGGUCGCUGGUCGCCGGACUCAGUGUCUACUCCAACCACAUUUUGUUCAUCUUUGCACGAGUCCUCCAGGGCAUUGGCGCUGCGAUGGUGCUUCCGAACGGACUGGCUAUUCUGGGUGCAACCUACCCGCCCGGGAAGAAAAAAGCCAUGAUCUUUGCACUUUUUGGCGCGGUGGCACCCAACAGCGCUGUAUUGGGUGCAACCUUCAGUGCUCUCUUCUCACAACUUGCAUGGUGGCCAUGGACAUUUUGGACACAGGCUUUUGUCGCAGUUGCCUGUGCGGGACUGGGCCUCAUGGUGGUCCCGUCCAUCCAUCAUGACUCCACUCCCCAGGUAAACACUUGGACGGAUCUUCUCAUGGCGCUGGAUGCUCUGGGUGGACUGUGCGGUAUCGGUGGAUUGGUUUUGAUCAAUAUCGCUUGGAACCAGGCUCCUGUCGCAGGAUGGAGUACUCCAUAUGUCUACAUCUUGUUGAUUCUUGGAAUCCUGUUGAUUGUUGGAUUCUUCGUGGUGGAAUUCCGAAUUGCGGAGCAUCCUUUGAUCCCAUUUCAGGCGUUCAGCCGAGAUGUCUCGUUUGUUCUGGGCUGUGUUGCGUGUGGAUGGGGCGCGUUCGGAACAUGGAUCUGGUAUUUCUGGAGAUUUCAGAUCGAAUUCCGGCACACGAGUCCUCUCCUGGGCUCGGCAGAGUUUGUGCCCGCUGCGCCGGUAGGAAUUUUGGCUUGCUUUGUGACUGGGCUAUUGAUUGCCCGAAUUCGACCCGGGUGGAUCAUGGUCAUGUCCAUGACGGCUUUCACCCUGGGUAACAUCUUCACAGCCAUUGCUCCCGUCGACCAGACGUAUUGGGCAUUGACAUUCGUCUGUCUCUUGGUCAUACCGUGGGGCAUGGAUAUGUCAUUUCCCGCUGCGACGCUCAUGCUGUCAAACUCGGUCGAGAGGAAACACCAAGGUAUCGCUGCCUCGUUGGUCACGACGGUGGUGAACUACAGCAUCUCCCUCAGUUUGGGAUUUGCGGGAACGGUCGAGGUUCAUGUCAAUAACGGCGGGAGAACUUCUGCAGAUGUCCUCAGAGGAUAUCGCGGUGCUCUGUACUUUGCGACAGGUCUAGGGGGACUGGGAAUCCUGCUCAGUAUGUUAUUCACCCUCAAGUGCUACUGGGAAGAGCGUCGAGCGCAACCUGUGGACGCGGCAACGGCCGAGAAUUCCUUGGGCACGUUAGCUGAGGGCCCGUGA